AUGUGGAUAAAAAGUCGUAAAAAUUUACUUGAUACAAGAACACCAAAUACGAAUGGUGUUCGAAUUACUGCCACAACACCCAUUCAUAUUAUAGAAACAUCAGACGAUAAAACAAUGCUUUCAUCAUCCAAUACUUAUUUACCCGGACAUAUUACAUUAAUAACUCAACCAUCAUUGGCUCGUUUACGUAAUCGAAAUUCAACAAUAAUAGUCGAUGAUCAUUAUUCAUCAUCUCGACAAAGUUCAUACGAUAAUAAUAUAUCACGUUCAUCACCCUUAUCAGUUACUCAUUCUAUAACAAAAAAGAGUCAUGAAUCAACAGAUUCUGGUAUUGAUUUAUCUCUUUCUACAAGUUCAUCACAACUCAAAUUAUUACAAGAGACUAGUACACAGUUAAAUAAUAAUAGUACAAACACUGAUAUGCUUCGUCAAACUCGACCGACAAAUCGUCCAUUGAGUGCAUUGAGUGAAGAAAGUGAAUUUAUUCAAAGUGGACGACAGUUAAUAAAAUCACGAAAACAUCAUGCACAAUCGGACGAUGAAGAUGAUCAAGGUUACGAUGAUAAUAUUCAUUCAGAUAAUCUAUAUUCUGACAGACGAAUGAGUUCGGUUGAUCGUCAUUUGAACGAAAUAUCUCCUGUUCCGCCUGUUCGACUACGACAACCACUUUUACCUCCAAUAACAUCAUCAAAAGAACAACAACAGCAAAAUCGUUCAAAUUCAUUUUCAAAUACUGAAAUAAACAUCAUUGACAAAAAUGCUACUUCUACUACGAAAUUAUCAAAAAAAUUAAAGAGAGCCAGUGAUGGAGCUCUAUUAGAUAUUAUAACACAAGAAGAAACUAUGUCACCAAUAUCGUAUGGAAAUACAAAAUCAUUAGAACAAUUAAAUGAGAAUGCAGUACCACCAGUUCGUAGAUUAUCGAACAGAUCUGACGAAAAUAUUCUAAUAUCGUUGACAAAUAAUAAUAAUAAAAAUCGAACAGAUAAUCGUACACAUCUCAACGAUAAGACUAACAGAAUGUCGAAUAAUCAUUCGCAUGUUAAAACGAAUAAUUUACCCGUUAAAAAUGAAACAAAUAUGGCUACAACCGGUCAGUAUAUCACAAACAUUGAUCAUCGCUUCCAUCCUCAUGCCAAAAAACCACCGAUCAUACUAAAACCUUUUAAGAAGAAGAAAAUUGCGGCUGCCAUUGGUGAACCAUAUAAUCGCGAUAUGGCUGUAUCUCGACUAGGUCUCUAUCACCCUCAAGACUGUUCAGCAACCGAUAGUAAUACAACAACACCUCGAACAAUAACAAAUAAAAUGAAACUUCAUCUUGAAACAUCACCAUCACCUCCACUGAAACAACAAGAAGUCAAAUUACUCACACAAAAAUCUCAAACACCAUUAGAUUUUCAAGUGAAAACAAUUGACCAAAUACGAGCACAUGUUAACAGGUCGGUAAUAGAUCGAGUUGGUACCAUUGAAAAACAACCACAACAACAUCGAUCUAUUCAGAAAGAUCAACUUUCGAAGUUCAAUAAGAAUAAUACAUUUCAACAGCUUCAACCGUUCGAUACAAUACCAGGAAAAAAAUUGACUCAAAAUCAACAAGGUACGAAUGUAUUAACGACCACUAUGAUCAAUAAUCAUGUUCAACUACAAUUAGGAACUACUAGUUCAAUAGCAUCAAAAGCUGUCGCUGUGCAACCCAUAUCUCCGUGUGGACGCACUCAACCAGUGCUCGAGCAAAAACGAUCCACUCCCAGCCAAAUAUCUUCUCAGAGUCACAGACAUACCGAAUCGUUCUUCAGUAAACAUUCAGAUAUUCAAGCAUAUCCCACAACAAAUUACACCAACGAUCACACACAGCACGAAGAAUUGAAGUCCAUCAACAAUGCUUACCAUUCAGACUUAAAAUACGACAAUGAAGAACAUGACCACCAACCAUAUCUAUCCAUCAAUCGAGAGUAUUGGUCAACAAGUCGAAAAAAUCAACUUACAGAUUGGGAGACCAAUAAUGUCACAAACAUUCAACGAUCAAGCUAUGACAGGGAACCAUCAACAAAACAAAAUGAAACUAUUCCAAAUACCAAAACAUCACAAAAGGAAAAAAUAUCACAAGAGCAAAAAAAGAUUUAUAUUAAAGAUGAGAAGAAAAUUAUUGAAGAAGCUUUUAUACAACAACAAUCGCAGUCUAAGAUACAGCCUCUGAUUAUGCCCCAAGUUUAUCGUCCACAAGCACUCGGCUACAUUUUAACGCAAGAAAACUUGAAACAACGAACAGUUCCUGACGAAGAUGAUGAAAAUUAUGAUAGUGAUGACGGGUGGUCAGUCUCUUCUGUUGAUGUCAUCUAUGUUGAUGAACAGUAUAAAAAAAAAGAAUUAACACAAAUACCCAAAUGUUAUAAACAAAUAGAAGCAACAUGA